AUGAAGUUCAUAUUCUUUUGUCUGAUUUUCCCUGUUGCGACGGUCUUCUCGAUCGAGAAACAGGGAUACAAUCACUCUGUAAAUGUAGCAUACGACCUUGUCCUCCCAUCCAGGAUCAUAGAGAAUUGCUACGGGCUAAAUGAAAGGCCUGGAGUUGUCCUGGAUGCCAAGGAUAAUGCACAAAUUGUUGGUGAGUCCUUAAUUUCUCGAGCUUCUUAGACUUACAGACCCUAUAGCAGCUUAUUGUUAUUCCUACAAGGGAAGGCUUUAAAAGUCAGGUUUUUCUUUAAACUUUACGCACAUGUCAGACAUAGGCCACUUAUUAUUUUUAGGAAGUUUUAGAUCGCGCUUUACGAUCGCAGGCGAAAUAUUCAACGGCCUUUGUGGCCGAUAGAGCACGCUAAAUGCGGAGAGGGGCAGAGAAAAAGCAUGGGCCAUAUCGUAACGCAUGUAACGUAUAAUCAAAAAUAUCUCUUGGCUUGAAGAAUGGAAUGACCAUAAAACUUUGGUCUCUUUGAGCUCUUCUUCAUGCCGCGCAAUGAGAUCGUUAAGUAUGCCUUUGAAAAGCACAAGCUAACGUUCUUAGAAACCCACAUGCAUGAUAUGUGAAAGAAUGCAAAAUGCUCCUCAUUCUUUCUGAAUUUUACAUAGUCUAUGUUGAGCUAACAAGGGAAGUCGUUCAGAUCGCAAAUGAGUUGAGCUAUGGGACCGGUAUAUUCUGAUUCUCCAUAUUCGAAAACGGUAAGAGCUAAAACAAUUUUUCCGUCUGGGCCCUGGUUUUCGAGAAAAUCGACCGUCAAGUUUGCCCGGAAACCCCGCUAAAUAGUCCUCGCUCCAAAAGGCUUUCGAAUCAAGAGCCAAAUGGCGGAGGGCGAGUGAAAACGCUCUCAAAAUUCUUUUGUCCGGGAUGCCGGGGAAGGUUCGAGUCCCGCUAGGCUCCAAAGAGCUUUGAUAUUGAAAAUGAUAAAAAAUAAAAAAUUUUUAUUUUUUUGUGGCAAAGUGUACCCCAAUAAUUUUAGAUCAAAUAGUUUUUUAGGAAUAAACGCUUCAUUUUUGAGUUCAACGCAUAAAUAUGCCUAUUUGACAUGCAUUUCAAUAUUUUCUCCAAAGUAAGCAAAAGGAAAAAUAUUUUUUUUGCUUUGCAACCAUUAUGAAUUAGGGAUUGCUCCUAGCGAGACUCGAACCUUCCCCGGCAUCCCGGACAAAAGAAUUUUGAGAGCGUUUUCACUCGCCCUCCGCCAUUUGGCUCUUGUUCCAAAGGUCUUUCGGAGCGAGGACUAUUUAGCGGGGCUUUUUCCGGUCAAACUUUACAGUCGAUUUUCUCGAAAACCAGGGCCCAGACGGAAAAAAUUGUUUUAGCUCUUACCGUUUUCGAAUAUGGAGAAUCAGAAUAUACCGGUCCCAUAGCUCAACUCAUUUGCGAUCUGAACGACUUCCCUUGUAAGCCCUCCAUUGAAGACCACGAAUAUCUGUUUUCAGCCGAAGCUCUGCGCAUUCAAAAAUACGUCGACUACAAGGUCGAAUACGUUCAGAUCGGACUCUACGCAGACGUAGAGAAGAUCUGGUGGCUGGACGCCCGGCUACCUUUCAACUACUCAAAUCUGCCGCCGGGAUUCAUCUUUCCCAAAAUACCCACAUACUUCGCCAUUGAGGUUGAAGGUCGGGGCCGGAAGCGAGGAGAGUGGUUUGCAUUGCGGCAUGACAAACGGGGCCGCGCCUUUCUGUGCGGGCAUUUCUAA